AUGCGUCCGGACGGCCCUCGUGAUACCAUCGUCGGUCCCGACAGCGGCCCUGAGCCACCAUUCCCUCUCAAGUUGAACGGCGAAGUUGUCAAAGGCUUUGGCCGCGGCAGUAAAGAGCUCGGCAUCCCUACAGCCAACAUCCCCCUCUCAGGCCUCACAAUCGGUGGCCACGAAAAAAUCGAGUCUGGCGUCUACUACGGCUACUGCUCUCUUUCCUCCACCUCCACCAUCUACCCUCAAGUCAUGUCCAUCGGCUGGAACCCAUUCUACAAAAACACAGUCCGCAGUGUCGAAGUCCAUGUCCUCGAGAAGUUCGAUGCUGAUUUCUAUGGUGCCCAUAUGAAUCUUGUGAUAUUGGGAUUCAUAAGGCCGGAAUAUGAUUACGUGAGUAAGGAGAGUUUGAUUGAGGAUAUUGAGUUUGAUGUGGGUGUUGCGAGGAGGUGUUUGGAGAGGGAGGGGUAUGCUAAGUUCAAGGAGGAUCCUUAUUUGUUGGAGUUUGAGGGAAAGGGCAAGGUUGCUAGUUGA